AUUCAUUCUUGAUAUAUCGUAUCCUUCAAAUCACAAUUAGAAAAUAAUAUUUUGCAGAAAAGACGUAUAGACUUAGCCAUAUCUCUCUCACUCUUGCCUUCAGUUUUCAUCUAUCUCAAUUCCUCUUCACUCUGCCACCACUUCUAGCUCUCGUAGUUGGGUGUCCGCGUCUCUCGCAUUUGAGCCUCACGCCACAAGUGUUCGUGGCGUGCUCGCGCGAAGGUGCCUUCUCUUGUUCCCACACGCACCUCGGUAUUUAGAUCGCGCUAAGCAUCCGAACUGCAUUACACUUCGGAUCAUUUACUGUACUUUAUGAUGAUUAGAAAAAAAAUUAGUACUUGAGUUAAAUUUGAAUUUUAUUAUCAUUAAUAUUCAAUUAAAAACAUAUCUAAAUCAUUCCAUUUCUUUUUUAAGUGAAUUUAGUUGUCUGCAGUUGUUAAUAAAUAAUUGAAUUUCCCGACUGUUAUUAUUGACUUGGAGAUUGUGUUGACAUAUUCGUAGUGCUACUUAAUUUAAAGAAGCUGCGAUUGAACGGUUAGUCAAUCUCAUCCAACAAACUGUCAAGAAGGUUGACAAGGGUGCGUUUUUCCACCAGAAAAUUGAGAUGUCAGACUAGGGAAGAAAAGGAGGGAGAUCAAAAAGUAUCAACAUCAAGCGGAUCAUCAUCACGGUGUGUCGACAGCACUCAUGUUGUUAAUUCGGGGCGAGUGAUCGCAACAAUGGCAAAUACUCUAUAGCAGUUUUACUACGGGCUAAAUGAUAGCAUAGUAGUCGAGUAUUUGUGACAUUAUGAUAGCCCGAAGAGGCAGGAAGGGAUUGUCGUAGGGGGAGAUCGCGACAGAGUAUCGUCCAUAGCUAAUAGUACCACCCAAGGUGGCAUAGAUUGAAAGCCCCAUCAACACACAUCCUCUCUUGCCAGUGACCAGGGUUUGCCGCUCGUUUUCACCUCCAUUGACGACUAAGUAAUCCCACACGAGAGAUCUAUUCAGAAGGAAAAAAAAACCCCAGUGUGAUAGCUGAAACGUGUGAUAAGCUUUUGAAAGAAAAAAAAAUCAUUGUUCAGUUCUUUUAAACUCUGACAGACGUUUAAUUGAGCACGAUUUUUUUUGCUUUACUACCGGCAUCACGACCACUUCGGUCCCCCUUGGGGACCGUUUGCUGCCUCCGCGCAUCACUCUACACUUCCGCCUGACCGGAAGCGAGGUCCAUGUGAACAGGCAGAAGUGACCCCGCAGACACCAAAACCGUCAACCAAACCAACACACAGCCAAGAUAUGGAAGUCGCCUCCGAGUUAUCUCCUUUAUCGGGAGUGGAUGCGCAAGCGAAACCAGACAUUGAGAGGAGAGCAAUCUACAGAGAUGGCCCAAACAAAGUACCACUCAAUCGGCGGCAAAAAAUUACAUCUUGCCUCAGUCACAAUGCACUUACGAUCCUUACCAUUUCCGGAGUCGUUGGUGGAAUUAUUCUAGGACUAAUCCUGCGAAAUGCGCGAAGUAGUUCAUGGAGUGAACGAGAAAUUAUGUACGUCAACUACGUGGGCGAAUUGUUCCUGAGAAUGCUCAAGAGCUUGAUUCUCCCACUCAUUAUUGCUAGCUUGGUAUCAGCCAUUGGCUCCUUGGAUUUAUCACUCAGUGGGAGGAUUGGAGCACGUGCAAUUACCUAUUAUAUGGUUACAACCGUCAGUGCUGUUAUAUUGGGAAUUAUUCUGGUCAUAACAAUCCAACCAGGAAAGUAUGGAAAGUCUGACAACAGUACAAUGAAUAAUAACUUAGGUGCUAGGAACGUUUCUACUGUUGAUACGUUGAUGGAUUUGGUGCGAAAUAUGUUUCCACCUAACUUGGUGCAGGCCUGCAUUUCACAGUACCGCACCGUACUUACAAGACAACCUAAUAAUACUUCUGAUGACAUCAACACUUGGAAGAUUACUAGUGAAGAUGCUUCAGGAAUGAAUAUCUUAGGUCUGGUUGUAUUUGCGACCGUACUUGGAAUCACUCUUGGAAAGAUGGGUCCUGAUGGAAGACCUUUGCUCAAUUUUUUCGAAGCUUUAUCUUCUGCUAUGAUGAUCAUUACUAACUGGGUAAUCUGGUUAUCUCCUGUUGGAGUAUUGUUUUUGGUAUCUUCUAAGGUCUUAGAGAUGAAAUCAUUCGACGUAAUCUUAGGCCAGCUGGGAAUGUAUUUUUUGACAGUAAUAGUAGGACUUGUUAUCCAUGGAUUUCUAGUAUUACCAACGAUUUUCUUUAUUCUGACGAAAAGAAAUCCUGUCAUAUACAUUUCGAAUAUGGCUCAAGCAGUAGCUACUGCUUUUGGUACAUCUUCAAGUUCUGCUACGCUUCCGGUAGCUAUCGGUUGUUUAGAAGAUCGCAAUGGAAUUGAUUCGAGAGUCUCUCGGUUCGUUAUGCCUAUUGGCGCCACAAUUAAUAUGGAUGGAACAGCUCUGUAUGAAGCAGUAGCUGCUAUCUUUAUAGCUCAAGUUCGUGAAAUUUCCUUAACUUUUGGACAACUUGCAGCAGUUAGUAUUACUGCCACUGCAGCCAGUAUUGGAGCAGCCGGAAUUCCACAAGCUGGUUUAGUUACCAUGGUAAUGGUUCUAGAUACUGUAGGACUUCCUGCUAAGGAUGUUACAUUGAUCAUUGCUAUAGAUUGGCUUUUAGAUCGAUUCCGAACGUCUGUGAAUGUUAUUGGAGACUCUUUGGGUGCAGGAAUUGUCAAUCAUUUAAGUAGAAAUGAGCUUGCAGCAUUACCACACAAUGUUCAAUCACAAAAUGGUGCAGAUCAUCAUACAACGUCGAUAUGAAUUAACUGAAAUAUCAAUUCAUGACAAUAAAAUUCUGACCAAUGCAAAUAAAUGGUCUUAUAUUAAAUUAAGCAUAAUAAUGAUAAUAAUAAUUAUUAACAAUAAUUUAAUUGAAAUUAAUAAUAUUAAUGAUUAACGAAAUUGUUGAUAAUAAUAGAAACGAUAAUGUUAUUGAUAAUUAUUGAAAUAUCAAAACUUAUUUUGUAAGUUUCCCUACAUUUAAAAAAUCACCAUAUACGUGUUCUAGGAACCUAUGUGUUUCAUUUAUUUAUGUUUUGACAAAAAAACUCAAUCAUAUUCACCCUGCAGUAAUUUAAACUUAUUAACUAUAUUUUUUUUACUGACAAAUCGACUGAUUUAAUUUACUAAAUUUUUCGAAACAUCAAAUAAAAAUAAUCCAAUCAUAUAUUUUCGAUAUAGCAAUGAAAAAAUAAAUUAAAUUCAGUGAAAAAAAGUAUAGAACUGCAGUUCAACCCCAUUACGUAACAAUUUUGUUUUUGUAUUCAAUUAAUAUCCGUAAAUGAUAUCGUGAAUUGUAAUUAAUAUACCGUUACACUUCUAUAAAUAUGAAGUUUUAAAAAAUAGAAAUUAUCAGAGUAAUAUAUUAAGAACAUAGUAAAAUGAAUGAAUAUAUUAAAAAUAAAUAACGCUGGCGAAUAUAUCAGUUAAAUUAAGAAGAAAAUUUUAAGAUAUGGAAAAAUUUAAUUGUUUAUGAAAAGUAAUAAAAAAUAUAUUAUUAAAUAGUUAUAAAUAUGUAUAUUAUAUAUCACAUGAAUCAAUUAACUAUCGUUGCCAAACUCAUACAUUGGAUAAUA